AUGCAAGCAGCUGUCUUUCUUGGCGUAAAAGAGGUCAAUCGAUUGUAUCCAAAUAUUAAUUUCAGUUUAAAACUCAAAAAUGACUCUCAGACUUGUUUUACUAACCAUGCUGGUGCUUUUGCGGCUGAAGAAUUCUACAAUAAUGAUGUAACGGCUUUUAUCGGGCCGGCCUGUAGCAAAGCCCUGGAAUCGGUGAGCCGAAUGUCUUCGUACUGGAAUGUUCCGAUUUAUACUGCUGGUGGAAUUGAUGCUCAAUUUGCAAUGAAAAAUAUCUACACUACUUUGACUAGAUUAUCAUUUUCAUCGGAACAAGUUAGCAAAUUUCUACUUCAAAUUUUGAAGCAAUUUCAAUGGAGGCACAUGGCUAUUCUUGUGGACGAUUCACAGUCAUCCGAAACCAUUCUUCGCCGAAGUUUAUCAACUGUAAUUCGUGAUACUGAUUAUGAAAUUUUCCCAAUCUACAAGGAAUUUUACUCACCUUUAGAACCUAACUACAAAUCCAUGUUACGAGAUGCUUCAAACGGAGCGAGAGUGUUUUUGCUGUUAUCGUGCGGCAGCGUAAUACGCGAAAUUCUCCUCGCUGCGUACGACUUAGGCAUGGACAACGGUGAAUUUGCUUUUCUAGCUGUAGAACUUUUGAAAACAGAUAACGGCAACAGGUUUUCUUGGUACAAAGAAAACGAUACUAGAAAUAAAGAGGCACGAGAAAUGUUUGAAUCGCUGAUGCUAGUUUCAGUGAGAGUUCCAGUUUCAGAAGAUUACGAUAAUUUUGUGCGAGACAUUCAGGAAACAGCAGGAAAAGAAUUUUCCACGAUUCUUGCCAAAGAUGCGAUCAACCCCAUGAUUGGCUCUUUUUACGACUGCGUCUUGCUGUAUGGAUACUCUCUCAACAAGACUUUAUUCGAAAAUGCAGAUCCCUACAAUGGAACGCUGAUAUCAAGGCAAAUUUGGAACUCAACUUUCCACGGGGGUAAUUCCUUAACUCUUACAGGAAAUAUAAUUAUUAAUGAAAACGGAGAUCGGGAAGCUGAUUAUACUCUAAAUGACAUGGAUCCAUUUACUGGACUCAUGACGCCAAUCGCAACAUACUUUGGAGGAAAACAAUUGUUUGAAAAGCUAGAUGGAUAUGAAAUUAAUUGGCCUCAUAACAAAGGAGCUCCUUAUGAUAUACCCUUGUGUGGAUUUACAGGAAAUGCACAGGAAUGCCUUCCACCAGAACCCUUUCCAAUACUUGGAGUGAUAUUUCCGAUCAUAUGUUUCGUUGCAAUUGUAGGUUCCUUGGCUGGAGUUUUUUCUUAUAAGUAA